UUUCUCCACCACCUCUCCAGCGCUAGGGUUUUGAGGCGGCGGCCGGGUCCCCUCUCGCUCGUCUCGUCCGUCCCAGAGACCGCCUCUUUAAAGCUGCGCGGCCUCGCCGUCGGCUGCUAGGGUUUUUCGUCACGCGGAGAAGGUGAGGCGAAGCUCCGGGAUCCCUUCCCUCUCUCUCGUUCGAGUCUAGGUAGCCGCCAUGAGCCGAUCGGGGCAGCCUCCGGAUCUCAAGAAGUACAUGGACAAGAAGCUUCAGAUCAAGCUGAAUGCAAAUCGUGUUGUGAUUGGCACACUUCGAGGAUUUGAUCAGUUCAUGAAUCUGGUGGUGGACAACACUGUGGAGGUCAAUGGAAAUGACAAGACUGAUAUUGGGAUGGUGGUUAUCAGGGGAAACAGUGUUGUCAUGAUCGAGGCGCUGGAGCCUGUUGCCAAGUCGCAGUGAACUCACAUUCAUCGUUCUGCUUCAGUAGAUCUAGCGCUCGCAGUCUGUAAACUGAUGUAUAUGAUAUCAGUGAACUUUUUGUACCUUGACUAAUGUGUUUGCAGAGCAAUGUAACUUUGGAUGUUGAAGGCUGAUCCCUAUUUGCAGUGACAGUGUUUGCUGUUCUGUAUUCAUCAGCUAUUACGGAUUAACAACUCAAUGAAGCUCAUUUGCUGGGU